GGAGGGACCGAGUGAAGGAGAGACAGCGAGAGAGAGAGGAGGGAGGAGCGAGGCUGUCAAGGUGAACCGAUAAACCGCUUUUUAUUAGCGCUGAUGUCCAAAACACGACGCGCAUCGCUGCCGGGAGGAGAAAGAGAGGAGAGGGAGCGGAGGAGCUCCCGUUUGUAACCGAAAGGAAAGUGUUUUUACCUUCUUCUUCUUCUUCUUUUUUUUGAGGGUUUUUGUUUUUUAAAUUGUGGACUCAAACUUAAAUGACUCGGAGUGAGCUGAGUGCGUCAGUUCAUUGGAAGCAGAAGAGGAAUUAAAGGGCAGCGUGAGGCCGAGCAGUCCAGCUGGGAUCUGAGGGGUAAGAAAUCUGACGGACCCCCUACUCCGGCCCCCCCCCUGCAUCCCUGAAGGGACCAGCUGUUUGGCUUCACGUGGAUGAACAGACUGCCGUGUUUCUUUUUUGGCGCUUCUGAUUGGAUGUCACCUCAGUUCAUCCAUCCCAGAGACCGUAUUCACUUCCUUUAGUUUGAGAUCAGCCUUGAAAAUCUGACAAUGAUACCACCGUUACAGUUUUAUUCUCCAGCAGGAGCAAAGCAGAAACUUCCUGAGAGGGUGAAUUAUUGAAAUCGGGCUGCUGGAGCCUUUCUGGGAAUUUAAAUGGAGGUUUGCUGCAGUUGAAACACCGGGGAGUUCAUCUGUAGUCAUUUGGAAUAACAGAGUGUGACUGUGUGGGAUUCACACCGAUUUCCAUCGGAAUGAGGCGUAUUUCAGGCAGCAGAGGGCUAUCAUCUGAAACAUCCGGAGAGAUGGAGGAGUCUCGUAAACAGAAAUGAAGACAGUUUUGAUCACUAAUAUUUAUGUUCAGUAUUAAAAGAAAAAAGCACAAAGAUUUAUUUAUACUUUUUUCACUGACUGUAGUGCUGAUGCAGCAUGUAAUUUGAACAAAAAUGUAAUUUUUAUCCCUCCGUUCUUCUGUCACAUCCUGUGAAUUAUACUCAUUUAUCUCCAAAUGGAUCUUAUGUAAUUAGGACACUAAUGCGUGCGAUUACACGUCUUAUUGAGGAAGCUUUUAUUGACUGCCAGCCCUUCGUAAGCACAACGAACACUAUUAAAUAUUCAGCCAUGUGACAGCUGUGUUCCAGAACAACUUCAGCUGUUAUUGAAUUUUACUGGAUUUCUGUUUUUUAUUUUCUAAAUUACUUUUUUAUUCCCACAAUUUUGAACUUCUUCAGGCAGGAGCUUGAAUGGUCUUUGGUGCCAUUUGAUAUUUAAACAAGAAAUUUGAGGCCAUUUUCAUGUCAAGCACAGCAUCAGAAGCAGAUGCUUUGGUGAAGGAUCAUAACUCCAUCUGUAUUUAAGUCAGGACGCUGAACUUACUGUCUUUUUUAUGCCUCAUUUUCUCCCAUCUUUCUCACCAAAAGCGACCUUGCUCAGUUUCUAGAGGACCACCAAAACCGCCCAUCUGAAAUCUUCUCUUCCUGCCUCGGGGGGAACUUGCUGAUCACCCUGUCACCGCCAUGGUGAUGUCGCAGGGCACCUAUACCUUCCUGGCCUGUUUCGCUGGCUUCUGGUUGGUCUGGGCCCUCAUCGUCAUGCUCUGCUGUUUCUGCAGCUUCCUGCAGCGCCGGCUGAAGCGCCGCCGUGAGGAGAGGCUGAGGGAGCAGUGUCUGCGGACUGUAGAGAUGGAGCCGCUCAGCUGUCACCCCGCUGGAUACCCACCUGCUGCUCCUCCCCCAGCACCACCACCACCACCACCACCACAACAGCCUCCACAGCUGCCCAGAGAGCCACCACAGUUCAACCCUCCUCAGACAUUGUCGCCUCCUCUUCCUCUACAGGUUCCCCAUCCCUUGCCACAAGCGACCUGGGUCAGCAUGCCAGACACGGAUGUAUUUGGGAAGCCACCUUGUUACGAGGAGGCAGUCCUGAUGGAGGAUCCUCCACCACCUUACAGUGAGGUCUUGGCUGACCCGCGGGGGGGAACCUACCUUAAGCCCACCCCCCUCCGAGCCGCAUCGUCGUCUUUAAGGGAACCCCACGAUCCUGCCCCGGUGUUCACAUCUGAGACUAGCAAGCCUCCCACAGCUACUGUGUUCCCCGACCGGGGCUAUUCCUCCCUGAUACGCCUGCCUUCAUCUCAGCGCUGGGACUCUUUGGGUCACCUCCUAUCCAACAUGGAUCUGAACCACAAUAACCUCACCCCCCCUGCAGCCCGCUCCCUUCAGGCUGCAGCCGCGAUGGCUACCAUGCCCCGCAGAGAGCCCAGAACUCAUCAGGACGGACUCAGAGGUGGAAUACAGGGACUUCAAGGAGGGAUUCAAGGACUUCAAGGAGGGCUUCAGGGUUUCCCAGGAGGGUUGCAAGGGCUUCAGGGAGUCCAUGGACUAAGAGGUUUGGAGCCCAGCUGUGGGAUGCCAACAGCCUUCCCCUUACUGGGCCGGAGCACUGCUGUUUAGGCCUGGAUCCUUUUAGAAGAAGGCAAAAUAACUCAAAUGUUAGACAUUUGAUAUCAUAAUGCUGCUACAAGUAGAGAUUUCAUUUCCCAAAGAGGGUUAAAGGGCUGGAGAGGCAUCAGGAGUUCAUUUCCCCAUGUAGCUCUGGGCGAAGGCUGACACUUAACUCUGUCAGGACUGUGGCUUUCAGUUGUUUGUGGGUAUAUUACACACUGUUUCAAAGCACUGUUGUCGAGUCAGAGGUUUUCUGGUAUUAUAUUGAAGCUAAUUGAGUCAACACCAGAGGAGGAGAGGAAAGGAGGUAGAGGAAGAGCAUCAAACGAGCAGUAAGCACAGCUGUUACCCUGCUUUUCAUCCAGACUCACUAUGCCUUUAUUUCCACCCUUAACUACCCUUUUCGUGUUGCACUUUCAUUCAUCCCUGAUCUCUCCUCCUCUCGCUGCACUCGAACAACCUAUUGUAUGAGGCUGCUGUUGCCAUGGCUCCGGGAAACUGUGUAGCCCACGACGACCUCUCUUCUUUUAUCCAUGCUGAUUUUGGAAGACUGCUCACAGCUUGUCUCCUCCUCGAGGACUGUGAGCAUUAAUGCCUACAAAAGAGCACAUGGUGACCUUUGGCCAGCAUGUCUGUGAUAUUAGAGUUGAAGUGCUGAAGGUCACUUUACCUUUAGAGGUGUUUGGCUUUCACUUUUCAGAGUACAAGAAAGCCACAGAAGUGAGUAGAGCUUGGAUUUCAUUUUGUAACACGCUGCUUUGUUGUUUUCAAUGUUGUCUUUACCACAAACUGCUGAUAAUGCCCUUCUGGUGGUCACAGGUGACUUCAGCUGGGUCUCUGAUUUGAAAAAAGAUUUUUCAUGUACAAACUUGGAAUCAUUCUUUUAAACUUUGUGAAA